GCGCCAUACGGCGGGCGGCCGCGCGGUGCCUAGGCGCGGGCGGCUGGCGUGGAUCGCUCAGUCCCGCGGAGCCGGGCCCAGGAACGCAGGCGGCGGCAGGAUGAACAGCAUCAAGAACGUGCCGGCGCGGGUGCUGAGCCGCAGGCCUGGCCACAGCCUGGAGGCCGAGCGCGAGCAGUUCGACAAGACCCAGGCCAUCAGCAUCAGCAAAGCCAUCAACACCCAGGAGGCCCCCGUGAAGGAGAAGCAUGCCCGGCGCAUCAUCCUGGGCACUCACCACGAGAAGGGGGCCUUCACCUUCUGGUCCUACGCCAUCGGGCUGCCGCUUCCCAGCAGCUCCAUCCUCAGCUGGAAGUUCUGCCACGUCCUCCACAAGGUCCUUCGAGACGGGCACCCCAACGUGCUGCACGACUGCCAGCGGUAUCGGAGCAACAUCCGGGAGAUCGGAGACUUGUGGGGCCAUUUGCAUGACCGAUAUGGGCAGCUGGUGAAUAUUUACACCAAACUCUUGCUGACCAAGAUCUCCUUCCACCUCAAGCACCCCGAGUUCCCUGCGGGCCUGGAGGUGACAGACGAGGUGUUGGAGAAGGCUGCUGGGACCGACGUCAACAACGUCUUCCAGCUUACCGUGGAGAUGUUUGAUUACAUGGACUGUGCGCUGAAGCUCUCUGAAUCAGUUUUCCGGCAGCUCAACACGGCCAUUGCCGUGUCCCAGAUGUCCUCGGGCCAGUGCCGCCUGGCCCCCCUCAUCCAGGUCAUCCAGGACUGCAGCCACCUCUACCACUACACCGUCAAGCUCAUGUUCAAGCUGCACUCCUGCCUCCCGGCGGACACCCUGCAAGGCCACCGGGACCGGUUCCAUGAGCAGUUUCACAGCCUCAGAAACUUCUUCCGCAGAGCCUCUGACAUGCUGUACUUCAAGCGGCUCAUCCAGAUCCCCCGGCUGCCCGAGGGACCCCCCAACUUCCUGCGGGCCUCGGCGCUGGCCGAGCACAUCAAGCCGGUGGUGGUGAUCCCCGAGGAGGCCCCCGAGGACGAGGAGCCCGAGAACCUCAUCGAGAUCGGCACGGGGCCCCCCGCCACGGAACCAGCGGUGGUGGCUGACCUCUUCGAGCAGACAUUUGGACCCCCCAAUGGCUCCAUGAAGGAUGACAGGGACCUCCAGAUAGAGACCUUGAAAAGGGAGGUGGAGACGCUCCGCACGGAGCUGGACAAGAUCCAGCUGGAGGCGCAGCGGUACAUGGCGCAGCUGAAGGGCCAGGUGAACGCGCUGGAGGCCGAGCUGGAGGAGCAGCGGAAGCAGAAACAGAAGGCCCUGGUGGACAACGAGCAGCUGCGCCACGAGGUGGCCCGGCUGCGCGCCGCCCAGCUGGAGGGCGAGCGCCACCAGGGGCUGCGAGAGGAGGCGGAGAAGAAGGCCAGCGCCACCGAGGCGCGCUACAACAAGCUGAAGGAAAAGCACAGCGAGCUCAUCAACACGCACGCCGAGCUGCUCCGGAAGAACGCAGACACGGCCAAGCAGCUGACGGUGACACAGCAGAGCCAGGAGGAGGUGGCGCGGGUGAAGGAGCAGCUGGCCUUCCAGGUGGCGCAGGUGAAACGGGAGUCAGAGAUGAAGCUGGAGGAGCAGAGUGACCAGCUGGAGAAGCUCAAGACGGAGCUGGAGGCCAAGGCGGGAGAGCUGGUGCGGGCGCAGGCGGCCCUGAGCCGCGCGGAGCAGAGCGGGUUGGAGCUGAGCUCGAGGCUGGAUGCGCUGAGUGCGGAGAAGGACACACUGAGCAGCGUCGUGCGGCAGCGGCAGGCUGAGCUGGUGGCGGCCCAGAGCCUGGUGCAGGAGAAGGAGGCAGCGCUGGGCCGGGAGCAGGAGCGCAGCUCCCGGGAGAAGGGCGAGCUGCAGGGGCGGCUGGCGGACAAGGAGUCUCAGGAGCAGGAGCUGCAGUGCAGGCUGCUGGAUGAGCAGUUCGCCGUGCUGCGGGGCACCGCCGCCGAGGCUGAGCGCAUCCUACAGGACGCCGUGGGCAAGCUGGACGACCCCCUGCACCUGCGCUGCACCAGCUCUCCGGACUACCUGGUGAGCAGGGCCCAGGCUGCCCUGGAUGCCGUGAGUGCCCUGGAGAAGGGUCACGCCCAGUACCUGAUCUCUAGGGCAGACGCCUCUGCCCUCGUGGCAGCCCUGACCCGGUUCUCCCACCUGGCUGCGGACACCAUCGUCCACGGCAGUGCCACCUCCCACCUGGCCCCCACUGACCCUGCUGACCGCCUGAUCGACACCUGUAGGGAGUGUGGAGCCCGGGCUCUGGAGCUCGUGAAGCAGCUGCAGGAUCAGCGGGCUCUGCUGCAGGCCCAGCCCGGCCUGGUGCAGACGCCCCUGCAGGGCAUCCUUCAGCUGGGCCAGGAGCUGAAGCCCAAGAGCCUGGACGUGCGUCAGGAGGAGCUUGGGGCUAUGGUGGACAAGGAGACGGCGGCCACGUCUGCGGCCAUCGAAGAUGCGGUGCGGAGGAUCGAGGACGUGAUGAACCAGGCCCGCCAUGCCAGCUCUGGGGUGAAGCUGGAGGUGAAUGAGAGGAUCCUCAACUCCUGCACAGACCUGAUGAAGGCCAUCCGGCUCCUGGUGACAACAUCCACGAGCCUGCAGAAGGAGAUCGUGGAGAGCGGCAGGGGGGCAGCCACGCAGCAGGAAUUUUACGCCAAGAAUUCGAGGUGGACGGAAGGCCUCAUCUCUGCCUCCAAGGCCGUGGGCUGGGGAGCCACGCAGCUGGUGGAGUCAGCCGACAGGGUGGUGCUUCACACGGGCAAGUACGAGGAGCUCAUCGUCUGCUCCCACGAGAUCGCGGCCAGCACGGCCCAGCUGGUGGCGGCCUCCAAGGUGAAGGCCGAGAAGCACAGCCCACACCUGAGCCGCCUGCAGGAGUGCUCGCGCGCCGUCAACGAGAUGGCCGCCAGCGUGGUGGCCUCCACCAGGUCGGGCCAGGAGCAGAUCGAGGACAGAGGCGAGUGCUGGGGCCCCGGGGCAGCGGCCGGGCUGGGGGCAGGUGCCCAGACGCUUACCCACUCCCCUCUGGCUGCAGACACCAUGGACUUCUCCGGCCUCUCCCUCAUCAAGCUGAAGAAGCAGGAGAUGGAGACCCAGGUGCGGGUCCUGGAGCUGGAGAAGACUCUGGAGGUGGAGCGCGUGCGGCUGGGCGAGCUGCGGAAGCAGCACUACGUGCUGGCCGGGGCCAUGGGGACGCCCGGUGAGGAGGAGCCCGGCCGGCCCAGCGCUGCCCCCCGCGGCGGGAGCUCCAAGAAGCCGCCCCUGGCCCAGAAGCCCAGUGUGGCCCCCAGGCAGGACCAGCAGCUUGACAAAAAGGAUGGCAGCUACGCGGCUCCACUUGUCAACUACUAGGCCCCCCCGCGAGGGGUCCAGCGGGGAGGCUGACGGCUAGACCCGGGCCUCGUGGCUGAGGAGCCUCUGAGAAGGCCCAGCCCUCGCUGAGCGCAAGGGCUCAGGGCUGACCGGGGCUGACCGGAGCAGUUCUUCCCAGAGGAGAGCCUAGUUACCUGCAACAGGACCUUCUCAGAGCAGCCAGGACCCAGCAGGCCUGAGCCAUAGCUCUUCAGGAAAUACAUGGAGCAUUUCUAAUAUUCUGAGUUAGAUCUUUUUUGAGUUUGUGUGCAACACACCAGGAAGCAGGGCCAUUGGAGGGGGUGUUUGUUUGGGCCGGGCCUCCCUUGCCCCUGGGACUCGCGGUCUGAGGUUAGAGGUGACUAGAACACAGUCUGUGCUGGCUGUUGGGGACAUGGGGAAGACAUCACCUGUUCGUGGCCUUCUUGGGACCUGGUGCGGCCUCAGGCAAAGCAGGGUGCUUUUAGGUGGGCUGGGGGUAUCGCCCCUUCUCCCUGGGCCUCGCUCUAGGGCGUCAGUGAUGGCGAGUGCUGAGGACGACGAGACCCUCCCCUGGGAAGGGGGGCAGGCCAGGUGCUGCGGUCCUCCUGGAGUCUGUUCCUGCUGGAACCUGCACUGACCCUCCUGCUUCCUGCUUUUCUUUCCCCUGGUCUGGCUGCCCCUGCCCGGGAAGCCCCGCUCUGGCCCCUCCCCACGCCCAGCCACCUCAUUCCUCCCUUUGCCUCCCCAUCCCGGGGAGGUUUCCAGCCCUCCCGCAGGCCUCUCCAGUUCAGCCAGAAACAGCCCAGAAACUAGGGAGCCGCCUGCCCGCUCUUCAGAUCAGGAUCAAAGGCACCUGGUGCUCCUGGGGCAGGGGGCUGCCCUCAGGGAGGGCUGACCGCGCUCUCCUCGAGCCCCCCGCCGCCUCCUGGGAAGAGGGAGGCCCCGCUGGAAGGAAGGAACUCGGUCUGGAGGGGAGCACAGGAGGCAGCUCGAGCCCCUUGGCGUGCCGUGUUUCCUCGUGUUGAAGCGUCAGAUCGGCAAUAAACCGCACUUGUUGUCA